AUGCCAAUUCCAGAUACGACUAUGUCGUUUGCACAGACGUAUAUCUUUGCAUCGACAGUAAGAAACAAAUUGACUAAACAAGCAUCUAACCCAAACUCUAGUUUGAGAGUAUUGGUGACGCAAGCAAAUAUGUUAGACAACAUAAUGGACCAUCUUGCUGAAGAAACCGACAAGAGAGUCACCAAGCACAUGUCGUCUCAGGUCGAAAGCGACCAAAAGCAUGUGAGCUUCCAAUUGCCAGAAAGAAAGAUACAACAAGGUGUUUCUACUAAAGUUACAGAAUACGAAGUUGGAUCAGACUCAGACUCAGACUCAGACUCCGAUUCAUAUUCUGAUGACGACGACGAAGAUGAAUCUGACAGCGAUUCGGACUAUUACUACUAUUCAGAUUCUGAUGAAGAAGAAGAAAUACAAAUUCCAUCUAUACAGAUUGCCAAAGUCCAAUCAUUUAAACAGUUACCAUCUAUGGAUCUUUCACAAUAUACGAUACAAGAAGAAGAGGAAGACGAAUAUGAUGAAGGAGUUGAAGAAGACAGAGGAGAUGAGGAAAUCCCAGAGCUUUCUCGUAGUACGUCUUUGACAGACGACGAGAAUUCAUCCUUAUCUGAUGAAGAAGAUCUGAACCAAUCUAAUUACACAUUUGAUGCUGAUAGCAGUUAUGUGUCAUAUCAUGAUAAGAAAAGUAAAGAUGUAUCAAAGCAGGAUAAUUUACUAAUAACGAGGUCUACAGACCACUUUGAGGCUUCUCAUAGGGAGAGCCCAAAUACUUUCGCCAUAGAAAAUAUUUUUUAA